UGGAGUAGGGGUGUGCGGCUCCACGUCCCGCCCCUGCCUCUGAGUGACAGCAGCGUGGACAGCUGCCCACCCGGCCGGACCCGCAGUUGGGCCGCCCUCGCUGGGCAAUGCUGAGUAAGAAAAAUCAACCAAGAGUGUAAUUUUUGGCAAGGAGUUGAAUUUGCCAGGAAUGCUGCAGAGCUUCUGAGACUUGCUUCGGGAAACAUCUCUUGUUUUGGCCGCUUUCCAGAGUUUCGACUUGGCAGCCUCAAGGACACAGCGUAAGGUAUUUUGGAGAUCAAAGAUGGGUAGAAAAGACUCUUCCAGUACAAAACUUCCUGUUGAUCAGUACAGAAAGCAAAUAGGUAAACAGGAUUAUAAAAAAACCAAACCUAUUUUACGAGCAACCAAAUUAAAAGCAGAAGCAAAGAAAACAGCAAUAGGCAUAAAGGAAGUUGGCCUCAUGCUUGCAGCUAUCCUGGCCCUCCUACUGGCUUUCUAUGCCUUCUUUUAUCUCCGACUGUCCACGAAUAUUGACUCUGAUCUGGACCUGGAUGAAGAUUAGCUAAACAACAAUCAAAACAGGAUAGGAAAUAAGUCUGAUAAGAGCAUCUUUGGAGACAAACACAUUGCCAAUUUCCAAAACUAGAACAGUUAGAAAAUGUGCUUCUUGCUACUGUCAGUUUGCAGAAAUAUCUUUGUGACUAGUGGCAUAGGGCAUCAAAAGAAGACCUUACCCAGCAAUCUAGGACCAUGUAUACUACUUGAUACUUUAUAAAUCUCUCUGCCCUGGCACAUAUCCUAUUCAUGGUACAGUUAAAUAAGAUGGUAAUGUAUUUUUUUCCAGAUCUUGUUCCAGUGUACAUGUAUGACUCCAUCGGUUACAAAUCACUAAAUCUAUUAUAUCCUACGUAUAUUGUAAGAAAAUACAUAUUGCCAUUUGCAGAAGCAUACUCAAAAUCAUAUUGAGAAUCCAAGAAGGAACAGAAAGCCAUAAAAAAUUGCUAUUUAAAAGGAAGUGUGCUUUCUUUCCAGACAUAUUUCAUGUCAUUAGGGAGACUAUCUGCACAUACAGCCACAGUAAUCUUUUCUUCCUUGCCAACUGUUAGUGCACAUGUGCUGCGUCAGAAAUGGCACCUGGAUGACAGAAGCUCAAAGAGUCACAUAUGUCCCUAAAGUGGAGUUCCUCGUCUCCUGGGCUGCCUGAACUGAUGUAAAUAGAAAGUUCAGCGGAUCUUGAUUUUAAUUAACUUAUUAAACCAUUAAUAUAAAGUUGGAAUUCUAUAUUAAUUAUGUUGUUCUGGCUGCCUGCAGUAUCAGUUUGCCCUCUUGUUAGGGAGCGGUGUAGCAAUCUGCCAUUUAAUUGUGCAGGGUUUUUUACACUGCAGAAUUAGCAGGAGUGUAUGUACACAGAAUUUUCUUGGUUUGUCUCUCACAUUUGAGCAUUACAAAGUUUUUUUUAAUUGCAUUUUGUCUCUUGUGAAUUAAUUAUAACUCUGUAGAGAAAAAUAAAUAAUAGAAAAAUACAUGUCACAUGUUACUUUUAUGUGUAGUAUUUGUAAAUAUUUUAUAUGUGUUUUGUGGUUUAAUGUAAAGACUAUUCAAUAUUUUUAUUAGUAAUCAGAAUUUUAACAAAAUUGUACAGUACAUGACCACACAAAGCUUAGAAAGUAUAUAUAGUAAGUAUAUAUAUAUAUAUAUAUGUAUACGUAUAUAUACUUAUUAGCUCCUCUCUGAUAUAGAGAUGCAUAGAAAAUGGCUAUUUUGAAAUAAUUACAGGCUUUUAGAGUAUACAUUGACUUUAUGAAAUAAUAAAAACAAUUCUAAUGUCAUUUCAGCACUUGCCAAGGGAUGGGGAACUCUAAUAAAUGCUGUAGGAGUAAAUCAGGCUUUAUAGCAUAGUUUCUAAAAGAACAGAUAUUCUUUGGUGCUUUUGCAAAAAACCUCAGUAUGUCAGUGUAGCAUUUGUUCUGUAGAAAUUUCUAAGUAGCAUAAUUUAUUUCAUCAGUGUGAAACAGCCAAAGGUUCCAAUAUCCUCACAUAUUAUUUAUGCCAAACAUCUGAGGGCAAAAUUUAGCCAGAGUUAUUUGCUGGAUUCUUCCUUUUGAACUCACAGACUCAAGAGAGGGAACACGAGCUCUUGCAUACUCACCACAGAGGACCCAUCCAAGUGGCAUUUUUAGGAAAGGUUGCAGCAUUUUAUGCCAUGUGGUAUGUCUGUUCGCGAAGUGGGAGGCAAGGGACUAUCCAAGCUGGCAUUUUGGAACUGAUGGGCCUUUUACUUUCCUGAGUGACAUGCCACAUGUCAAGAAAUGCUGCUUUCUUCCAGCCUCAUCACAUUUACGUGAGCAAUUUUCAUUUCGUUAUUUCCCUCCCAUAUGGUGUUAAAAACAGUCACAUCCAAUGAAGCAUAUUUCUGGUUUUCUGUUGUAACUGAAAUGAGAGGACAUGUAAUAAUUGCUUAUCAGGACCUAUCCAGGUGAGAUAGUUCUGCAGGUUUCAGUGUUCCACAUAGUCGUGUGUCUCCUGGAAAUGUUUGACAAGUGGCUGUCCUGAGAGAAGCUCCACUAUCCUGUUUUACUCAUGAGAUGUGCUCUGGGGAGAAACCGUUGUUUCUAUGACAAUAAAUAUCAGUUAAAAUCCACUGUAAUAAUAAGCAAGUUUCACUACCUGAAUUUAUCCCUGUUCUGGGUCUGUUUGUUGAAGCUGGUUGAUUUAUGACAUCCCCAGAGAACAAAUCCCAGGCUAAAAGCUUUGAUUUCAGCAAAUAGCAGGUAAAGAGCGACAAGGAUAUUUUUUACACAAUACUGUUUUCACAAAUACAAAUUUCAUGAACUCACAUUAACUGGAAGCAGCCAAUCCACUAAACAGAAAUACCAUACUGAAAGUCUAGUUCGAGGCAGAAAGAUAUUAACUUCAUGCUGUUUCAGGGGACCACAUUUUUGAUUAGUGGGUAGCAUUUGUCAUAAAUGCGAGAUUAGAGUCAAGUAUAAUGUUUAGACAUGGCUACUCCUCCCAUAAUAGUACACACUGCCCAGAAUGAUCAAGACAAAUAUAGAAAAACAUUAUAAUGAUCUUUAAAGAACGUUGAAAUCUGCUAACGUGCAUUGUGGUAUACAUUUCCAACUAAGGGCACAGAGUUGUAGAGAGUUGUGAAUGACAUGAAAAGGUUACGAUUUCACAGGCAAGUUUAGAUAAAAUCAUUUAAAUUUACUUGAGGAGAAAUAUUGUAAACAUAUAACAUCAUCUAAUAUUCUUUCUAAAAAAAAGGAAAAAGCCUAUCUUAGUGCAACUAUAAAGUAGUUGUUUUGCAGGUGCAAAAUCUAUCAAGAGUUUGUCUUUCAACUUCUCUAUAAAGACUAAUGGCACUUGUAACCCCAGUCAAUGAGAGGGAGACCCUAAGAAUAUGGUGGUUUUUAUUUUUGUCAUUUCGGUUUGUGGUCCUCUGCUCUUGAAUUGAAGUGCAUGCAAGAAUUUGGUUUAAUUCAUUUUACUUGACCCAGAGUGAUUUUUCAUUAAAUGCUAAAAAGUUUAAAUUUAAUAAAUAAAUCUAAACACAAUAUAAGUCAACCCAGAAUUUAGCACUUUUGGUUGUCUGGUGUAUUGGAAUAUACAAUAUGUAUAAACUCUAUGUAUAAUAUUUCUUGCAAAUCUAAAGAACUGAUACAAAGUCGAUAUGAAAUAGGAACUGCGGUCUCUUUUAGGAGAUCAGUGCAUAUUUAUUUAAAAACAUUCUUAGCAUUUCACUUCAACUUACCAUACAUAUUCACUUCAAAUGAAAAUAAAAUUAAACUUUUAUUACAAUGUUUACGUGAAUACUAAAGCACUCAGUUUUCUAGGCUCUAAAACUAUACAGUCAAUAAUAAUUCA